UCUCCAACGCCAAACCCUGAGCCAAACCCUGAGCCUUCUCCAAGGCCAAACCCUGAGCCUUCUCCAACGCCAAACCCUGAGCCAAAGCCUGAGCCUUCUCCAACGCCAAACCCUGAGCCUACUCCAACGCCAAAGCCUGAGCCUUCUCCAACGCCAAAGCCUGAGCCAAACCCUGAGCCAAACCCUGAGCCUUCUCCAACGCCAAACCCUGAGCCAAACCCUGAGCCUUCUCCAAUGCCAAACCCUGAGCCAAACCCUGAGCCUUCUCCAACGCCAAACCCUGAGCCAAACCCUGAGCCUUCUCCAACGCCAAACCCUGAGCCUUCUCCAACGCCAAAGCCUGAGCCAAAGCCUGAGCAUUCUUCAAGGCCAAACCCUGAGCCUUCUCCAACGCCAAACCCUGAGCCAAAGCCUGAGACUUCUCCAAGGCCAAACCCUGAGCCUUCUCCAACGCCAAACCCUGAGCCAAAGCCUGAGCCUUCUCCAACGCCAAACCCUGAGCCUACUCCAACGCCAAAGCCUGAGCCUUCUCCAACGCCAAAGCCUGAGCCAAACCCUGAGCCUUCUCCAAGGCCAAACCCUGAGCCUUCUCCAACGCCAAACCCUGAGCCAAACCCUGAGCCUUCUCCAACGCCAAACCCUGAGCCAAAGCCUGAGCCUUCUCCAACGCCAAACCCUGAGCCUUCUCCAACGCCAAACCCUGAGCCAAACCCUGAGCCUUCUCCAACGCCAAACCCUGAGCCAAAUCCUGAGCCGUCACCAAUGCCAAACCCUGAGCCUUCUCCAACGCCAAAGCCUGAGCCAAAGCCUGAGCCUUCUUCAAGGCCAAACCCUGAGCCUUCUCCAACGCCAAACCCUGAGCCAAACCCUGAGCCUUCUCCAAUGCCAAACCCUGAGCCUUCUCCAACGCCAAAGCCUGAGCCAAACCCUGAGCCUUCUCCAACGCCAAACCCUGAGCCUUCUCCAACGCCAAAGCCUGAGCCAAACCCUGAGCCUUCUCCAACGCCAAAGCCUGAGCCAAAGCCUGAGCCUUCUCCAAUGCCAAACCCUGAGCCUUCUCCAACGCCAAAGCCUGAGCCAAAGCCUGAGCCUUCUUCAAGGCCAAACCCUGAGCCUUCUCCAACGCCAAACCCUGAGCCAAAGCCUGAGCCUUCUCCAAGGCCAAACCCUGAGCCUUCUCCAACGCCAAACCCUGAGCCAAAGCCUGAGCCUUCUCCAACGCCAAACCCUGAGCCUACUCCAACGCCAAAGCCUGAGCCUUCUCCAACGCCAAACCCUGAGCCAAAGCCUGAGCCUUCUCCAACACCAAACCCUGAGCCUUCUCCAACGCCAAACCCUGAGCCAAAGCCUGGGCCUUCGCAAACGCCAAAGCCUGAGCCAAAGCCUGAGCCUUCUCCAACACCAAACCCUGAGCCUUCUCCAACGCCAAACCCUGAGCCAAACCCUGAGCCUUCUCCAACGCCAAAGCCUGAGCCAAAGCCUGAGCCAAACCCUGAGCCUUCGCAAACGCCAAACCCUGAACCAAAGCCUGAGCCUUCUCCAACGCCAAACCCUGAGCCUUCUCCAACGCCAAACCCUGAGCCAAACCCUGAGCCUUCUCCAACGCCAAACCCUGAGCCA